GAAUGCGAUCAAGCAAGCGUCGGGGCGAUUUCGGGAAGCGUCGAGGUGUCACGUCGCGACGAGAUUUCCAGAAAGCGAAGUCGUUCCGCGCCUUUUGCAACUGCGCACGUGUGACGCUGAUCUCACCGCGAAGCGCCGCGCGGCAGUUUUCGCGACGCACACCAACGCACAUAUCCGGUGUACGACUUAUCGUGGAUCGUAGAUUGGAUUAGUACGGAGUACGGACAAUAGUAGUAAAGUACGGAGUAGAGCGGAGAGGAGUGGGAGAUCCAGUCCAGUUUGUCCAGUGCCAGACUGUCAGCCUCCGGCCCUGAUCCAAGACGUCAAUCGAUCCACGUUGUGUGUUGUUUCGUACAUGGUAUACGUCGCGUGAUUUCAUGAUGUAGCACUAGGCGAGUGAUUUCGGGAGAGUAGGCAGACAGAUCGUCACAGCUGACUCGGUAUCACCAUGAAUGCCAGGACACAGCUGUUCGAAUUGAGCAUGGAGGGACGUCAGGUGGAUGAGGCAGUGGCAAGUAUAUUCCACAGCGUGCUAUUUCAUCGGAGCCUUGGCAAAUUCAAGUACAAACAGGAAGGCAGCUACUCGGUGGGCACUGUAGGAUACCAGGACGUGGACUGCGACUUCAUUGAUUUCACUUACGUCUGCUGCUCGUCGGUGCACCUCGAUCAGACGCUGAAGCGUGAAAUAUCAGGUUUCUCGGAGGCGCUGCGUUCUACCGACAGUCCAGGUUCCGGUCAGAUAUCCCUAGAAUUCUUCCAGAGGAAAAAGAGUCGCUGGCCGUUUCAACCGGAAUGUAUACCAUGGGAAGUGUGGACUGUACGCCUUGAACUUAUCAAAUUGGCCACCGAGCACGAACGGCAGAUAUGUCGGGAAAAAGUGGGCGAUUUGCUGACCGACAAGAUCCUUUACAUCACCGAGGUCAUGAAUCGGCACGAUUACAUUCCAAAAGUGCCAAGUCAGGCCGAGCUGGAUCUGAUCUUCGAUACCUCGUACCCGGACAUACAACCGUAUCUCUUCAAAUUGUCUUUCACGACUUCUAGUCCAUCGACCACCACGAUGGGCAACACCAUGAAGAAAUUGAUUAGAGAGACGCUAUCCAUUUAGUCGUUAUAAUAUAUAGUGUAAACUCUUCACGUUAGUUGCAUUCGUUUAGCUUGUCAGAGUCAUCAAAACGCAAAAUCUUAUACUUUCCUUUUUUCAUCUAUGAUGCACAAAUUUCUGCAUUGCACCAAGCGAUCUUUCGUAUCCACAAUGACUCUAACCUGCCACCGUAGCUGUUAUUAUGAGUUCCAAGAAAAAUAUUAAAUUUGCAUUACAAAGAAAGCAGAAUAGUUUCGAGUCUUCGACUCGUUCCCGGCGGAAAUUACCAAAGGUACUCGGCGAGUACUUUGCCUACGUGGUAGACUCUGCCAGAUUUUGUAAGCUCCGUAAUAGUAGUAUCUCUUAUAACGAUAAAUAAUAUUUCAUAUACAUCGCAGGGACUUCCGCUGCUCCGUGUCUCUAAUGUCUCUUUAUAGUAC